GAAACGUAGAAAAUACCUAUUUUAGAGUUUAGGUACCGACUUCGGUGCCAACAGUCUUAGAGCUACAUUAUUACAAGUACUCGAUUGAAUUUUUAUCAUCGUUUUAAAUAUAUCUCAUAAUUAUGCAUUUCAAGUGCGCCCUUAUUUUCUGCGCGCUGUAUUUACUAACGUCAGCAUGGAGCACCGGACUGAACCGUGAUCAAUUAGAACUGUUGCAAGACCUGUAUAAACCUUACAAACUGACUAGUAAUGGAGUUAGUGUGCAGACAAUCAGAGAACUUGUGGAUAAUGCUUUUGAAAUGGAAGAUUCUACCCUUGAGAUUCGAUUCCGUUCAGAUCAGCCCGAUUCUAUGAAUUUAUUUAAUUUAUUGUGGACGUUGGUCGAUAACAAAGUCAAACGUGUUGACAAAAUCAAGGUUAAAAAACUCACUUUUUUGGAAGUAACGUUGUACCUAGAUGAGUUUGAGGAACUCUUCAAAUCGCAUGAUCAAAAUGGAUAUAUUUAUCUUAAACAGCUAUCGGGAUUUUUCGGUUAUUGGCAAACUAUAAAUUAUGCAUUACACAAAAAAUUUAAAAAUCUUGAAACCGAUGACUACACUGUAAUGAACGCGGUGGAUUUCUUGUUGACUAUAAUGGAUAUCAAACCAAAAGGCCGUGGUCUGACACUAGCACAAAUAGAAAUGUUUGUUGAUUUGUACGGAGCACACAAGACAUCCGACGGCAUUGACGCUGACGCGAGUGGAGAAGUGUUCCAAACGCUUGGUAUACAAAUAGAAGACGAUUUGAAAAACCUAUUGACGUCCAAACGAUCCCCUGAAGUAUUGUUGAUGGAUUUAAUAAUCGUCGCGGCAGAACGCAACAUAACCGUUCCGAAAAAUGAAAUAAGAGUAUACACUGUAAUCGAGGUCGUAACUGGCACUCGACAAUUCAUGAAGAUGGACAAAAACGGAGACGGUCUACUAUCUCCGGACGAGUAUGCUGCAGACUUUGAGUACGAGUCAACGCGUGAUUUGGCAUCGUCAAAAGAGUCGCCAGAAGUCUUCGAUAGAGCGCAACAUUAUAUAAAUAACAUAUUCAAAGCUAAUAAAGCCAUAAACGUCGCAGAGUUUACUGAAAUUUGUUUGUUAACGGUUAAAUUAGAAGACCGCGUUGAAUCCGACGACGAUGACUGAAAAUUCACAAUAGUAUAUAUAUUUUUAAUUGGACAUGUUUAAUAAUCAUAAUGAUAACAAUACGAGUAAUAUUUGGCCCAGUUUUCAUGUAAUUAUGUAAUACAUGUAUAUAAUUGUUUCUUCUAUACAUUUAUUACCAAAAUAUGUUG